CGUAAAAAAAAAGAAGAAAAAAAAGAACAACGAGCUUGUGUAUACAAAAAAUAUGGAAACAAAAACAUGGGGAAAUAAACUGGGAGACGGGAUUUAGUCACUGAAAAACGAAGGGGCAGACAGUUGCGCGGGAUAGUGUAAGUGUCAGCGAUGCGUUUAGUUUUAAGUGCGUCUACCUAAGAGACGGUGUGUGAGAAGGAGGGAUAGGGGGAGGGAAAGCGGGACAGGAGGGGAGACUGGGGGGGUUAGUGGACCUCUCUGCGCUGGCUGACACCUCGCGUCUGCACCCUUUAUUAUUAUUUUUGGAGGUGAGAAGAAAACAAAGGGGGGGGUGAAAAAAUAAGUGGUGGGAAGAGGCCUCUGAAUGAUGUGCAUGUAACGGCGCCCCCCCCCCGGGCUCCGCCACUGGUCUGGGUGGUCCCAACGGAAGAGGAAAAAGCGGCAUAGCAGUCUACCCGAGCCCGGGGAUUCCUGGUACAAAGGUGGGAAAAACAACAACAGCAACAGCAGCGUCACAUCUCACUUCAUCCCGCGGGUCUCUGAUGGGAGCCGGGCUGAAGGUGUUUACUGUCAGUUGCAAGUCUGGCAAUUAAAUGUGUGAAGAUCAGCCUUUGCACAAAAACGCGGAAACCAGAGGGCGUUCAGCUGGGAUGUGUGGAAGGACACCACAAUGGGAAAGAAGGAUCAGAACACCAGGAAUUACAGCAUGAGGGAUGAAACGCGUACUAAGUGGAUCAUGAAUAAAACAUGAAGGGGAUUUUUUUUUUUAAGUAAAAAAUAUGGAAACGAAGCAGCAACUUGGAAAAGUGAAAAUGGAUUGAUGGGGGACCAAAGAGUGACUGUUUUAUUUUUUUAUUUUUUAUUUUAAUUUUUUCACAUUGGAAGAGAGUCCGCUAAAGCAAAUUAAAAUGGCACGAAGAACUGAAGUAGAUUCUUCUUUAAGCAACAGCUGAGAAUGUCAAAUUUUGCUGAGUGUUGUGUCAGCAGAACCAAGCAAAGCAUUUUAUCAGGCUGAAAAAUCUACCGUGCUGUAUAUCGUACAGUACUGCUGCUAAGUCAUUACAAAGCUGUUCUUUAGAUUUAGAAUUUAAAAAAUAACUGUGACAUCUGAUUGUCUAGUUUAAAAAUUUGCAGUGCGAAUUUGCAGUGACUAAAUGAUUAAUGUCAGUUUUCCGUAAAAAUCACAAUCAUCACAUUAUUGCAAAGUUUUGUUUGCAUCUAAGUGUUAUUAUAGUCAUUGCUAAGACCUUAAUUUUACUCCUGUUUUCCUCAGUCUACCUUUGUUACAAGAAUGAUUUAAUUUUUUCUCAUUAGUGCCAAACUGCUACAUUUGCUUUAUCAAAAUUACAGCACCUGCGUUUCAUAUUAUUAUGCGAUUGUAACGUAAAUCGGUGUAGCCACAAAUGCAACUUCUACUUUUGUUUCACUUUGCAGAUACAAAGUUAACAUACUAUUUUUUUUAUUAGUGCACCAAUUAAAAAGAAACUGCAGCAAUGCAGCUUGCUUGGCUAGGUCUCCAGUGACCAAUGUGCUACAGCUAGAACGAAUUCUUACAAGUAUUGCUGCUAUGACUGCCAAAUUGCACCGGCUUCAGCUGCAUUUAUGACAAUGUCGGACUUCUUCUGCUUGUGACUGCUAUUUUGCCUGUGAUUACAAUUGAACAUUUUUGUACUGUUACAGCUACGGAAAGAGCUGCAGUGUUCUCACCACAGUGUUGUGUCUUACAGUUUUAAAAUUUUGGCAACGGACACGGGAAACAGUAGAGUUGCUUAUAAUUUAUUCAACAAAGGGGGGUUUGGAAAUGCAAAGUUUCCGUGAGAGUACUGUUCCCCCUACACCCCAUCUGGGGUUCACCAGUGCGAUUGAUGGAGGCAGGGGGACCUCUUCCUACCUAGCCCAGCCAUUAGGUCCUCAAAACUCCCCAAGAAUGCCAGAGGAGUAUGUGGGAGUCCAACAGCAACAACACAAUCCUCACUCUAUGAUGUCCCUCCAGACCAGCCAUGCAGCCCUUAUGCAGGGUUAUGCUUCUCGAGGCAGAGGAGGUGGCGGUGGAGAAGCCUUGCCAUGUGAUGCAAAACAUGGUGGUGGAAACAGCACCAACAGCCCUUAUCGGAAAGACAUGGUGGAUUAUUAUUAUUCAUCGACAAACAAGGAAGGACACCGAAGAGGGGGCCAAGGAUUAGGUUAUGGGACAGGUUUGGGUUUUUCAAAUAUGGAUGGACAAGUGCCUCACCAGUACCGGCCUGUGAGAACCUCAGGUUCUGCUUCUGGGAUGUCUCGCUAUCAGAUGGACUAUAGAGCAGUCGCUGGAUCUGGUGGUAGUAGCAACAACAGUAAUGGUAGUAGUGGUGUUGGAGCCUUUUCUCCCUCCCACCAAUAUAGUCUGGGUCAGAACCCCGCUGUCCAGACUGCAGCAGGAUCUCAGAUACACUUGCGUCAUCAAGCCCCAAAUUAUCCUUCUCAUCAGACUUUACAUCAUGGGCAACUUCAAAGGGCUUAUGCUCUCCCAGGACACCGAUUCCCACCUCCUUUCUCCUACCCCACAAAUGCACCCACAGGUCCAGUCGGAGUCUAUAACUCUCUGCCACAAAGAUACCAGAGUGGAAGAAGUGGUGGCAGUUUUGAGAGUAAAAGUAACAGUUCUUCUAGUGCUACUUCAAGUCACAACCUUGGUUUAGCUAAUCAGAAUAAUGCAGGGCAGUUUGACAGUGUUGGACAGAGUUACCCAGUUUCUGAUUAUUCAUAUAACUCUCAGUCAUCUCAUUCUCAUCCCGCUCACCCGGUUCAUCCUCAUCGACACCCUCAGCAAAGUUUAGGCCCAGGUUAUGACACUCCCAAAACACACCCACCUAAUUUAUUGAACCAGCCGGGGCUUCCUUACCCUAAACACCCUUCAUCUUCAAAGUCUUCCUCUUCCUCUAUGAAUCUUUCUGUGCCUCAGUUCCCAUCACAUGACCUUUCCAAAUCUCCAAUGCAUUCCCAAACUCAGCAGCCUCAAAUCCAUCAAAACUUUAGCCCAAUCUCCAAUCCAUCUCCAGUUGCUUCUGUUGUGCAGUCACCCAGCUGUAGUUCAUCACCUUCACCAUUGAUGGGUAUUUUAGAAGGAGCAGGCAGCUCUGUUGUACCCCCUACACACCCCCAGUCACAUCCCCCUAUACAAAAAUCUCGAAACAGCCACAAUCGUCUAUUGCAGAUGAUGCCUCAGCUGAGCCCUACACCCAGCUCUAACAGCAACAGCAGUAGUUGUGGCAGCAGUGGUAAUGUUAGUACUGCUGGUCUGAAUGCAAAUACAGGUAGCAGUCAUUCUCAAACACGAGUCGGAGUAGGAACCAAAGGAGGGGUCAGUGAUGAACGUUCAUCUUCUUCCUUCUACUCCUCUUCCUCACAUGAUAAGCUAACAUUGGACCCUGGGACCAACAGUUUAAAUGCUCUGUCUUCACAAGUGGCUAAUUUACCGGAUACUGUGCAACACGUGAUGCUUUCUGAUUCUGUGCUAUCAGACAAGAGAAACAAAGAUACUGGGCACCAAGUUCAAAAACCAAUGCAUGCUACGCCUGCAGAUCAGCAGAGAAACAGUGAUGUUAGUGCUCCUUGUGGUGCACCGAUAAGGACCGAACCCAGUAAAAGACCAAAUAGUGGGGGUGCCAGUUCUGAAUGUGGAAUAGAUGAAGACUCUCAGCCAUUGGAGAACCCAAGAGAUGAUGGUGGUGAUGGCGAGGAGCUUUCAGAAACCCCAACUGAGAAGAUGGCAACGUUGAGUGAAACUAAGUCAACUGGUAGCUGUCCCCCACUGCAGAAUCCAAUGAACCGAGCGGAAGUCAAGUCCCAAAAUGAAGGUGGUAGUCAGGUUUCACCUCUUCCUGAUUCUUCUGCUCCUUCAUCUUCCUCAUUUUCCUCUCACCUUAGUCCAUCUGUAGAGCACAGUGCGUUCCUUUCUCCAACGCACCCUCCUUCAGCUUCCCUCUCAGCUUCUUCAACUCCCUCUCCCACCAUCACUUCAUCAGCCAAGUCCGGUGCUUGUUGCGUUCGACCUAAAGUGAUGGAUUGUGAACAGUUAAGCAAUAAAAAUGAGCAAGGAGUAAACAAGGGCAGUACAAUGGCUGAGAGAAAACAGAAUAGUGAUAUUUGUCAAGGAAGAGAAAAAUAUGGCAAAGAGAAGGGGAAAACCAAACAAAAUGAAGAAGAAAGUCACACUGAGGAAUGCACCAAAGAAAAGGAGGGUGAAAUAGAAAAACUGAAAGAUUUUGAACAUUCUAAUGAACCAGGCAUUAAACAGAAUUCAGAAACACAUACUGCAGGAGGUGUAGGGGUGAUUGUCUCAACUCGGUCAGAAAUUACGCAACAGGAAGAACAGUCAAAUGCUGUCAUGUCCGAACCAAUUUAUAAGCCUGAUUGUCCUAACAACCCAGGAGGUUAUAGCUCUUACGCUAAACAACAGACUCCUUCUCAGUUUUCCUUCAUAGAUUCCAGUAACCACAAUGGAGAAAGUAGGUGUAAUCUGAGUACUAACCCUUCACCUCACGGAGCAAAAGUUUCCCCUAAAUCCUCCGUUGAGCACUGGUUAGCUUCUCAUGCCCAUUCGGACACUCAGAAGGCACUGCUUAGUUAUUCUAAAUCACCACAAAAUAGUGGGAUGAAGAACAGUGGGCGACCCGUGUUGAGUGAAGUAGCAAUGGGACCGAAUUUUCAGUUUCAAGAAUACUGCCAACCACAGCGUCAAUACAGCCCUGAAGUAAGAAAAACGUUGGAUAUUGACGGCCAUGGAAGGAAAGACUUGGGAUCAGUGACUGAAAGGGGAAGAGAUGGCAAUGCUCAAUUACAGCAUCCAUUUCCAAGUCUCUUGCAAGAAGUUCUCCAAGGUUACCACACAGACAAAAAUUAUGCACGUAGCGAAAGAAUUGCUCAGCAGUUCCAAGCACCUGUUUCUCAUAACUACUCCCAUUACAGACAUUCUCAAACUACGAUGGAACAUACAAGGCCUCAUGUCAUGACCAGUCCAGCUAGGAUGGCUAUGAACCAUCAUAUCCAAACUCAAACAUCAGCCUAUGAAAAACUGUACCCUCUUAAGGAGAGACAUGAAAGUGAGGUUUGCAUAGGGCAGGACCCCCUUGUCAGUUCAUGGGGUUCUGUAGGAGCUGGAACAAAAAGAGCCCAAUGGAAUACUUUAGAUAAGUGCAAAGUGGAACCUCCAAGUCACUCUACCUCAACCAUGCCACUGUCCGCUGACCUUUCAAUACUGCCUCAUUCCAGACACAUCAAUUUGGCCGACUACUCCCUACCUUCCAGGAAACUUUCUUCAAACCAUUCAAGCCCCUCUUCUGCAGUACAGCAGCUGCUACUGCAGGAGACUGACCAAAUAGGCCACAGCGGAAUAACAGCGGCACAGCCUCAGAACACGUCAUUGUCUGAACGCCGUUCAGUUAUCUGUGACAUUGCACCAUCUUGUCUCGCUACUCCUGAUAGAGAACUUGACGGAGUGAAAGGAGAGAGAAGUAAUUGUGAGUCACAAAGUGAGUGCAAAGGAACUUCUGUCAUUCAGCAAUCAGUCACGUUCUCUGCAACAGUAGAUAAAGGGAGCACCAGUAACGAACAAGGCGUAAAAAGGGAAAUGGAGCCAGAGGAAAAACAGCAGGAUAUUAAAAAAGCCCAUCAUCUUGAAACAUCAGUUAAAAAUGAUUUUCCCGCUAAUGAAAAUGUCUCUGAACAUGACAAUGCACCCCAUCAACCACAGGACAAAAAGCCAUCUAAGGAUGGAAGAGUUAAUCUGGAAAAAUUAACCCCUUAUCAGCCCCACCAUCCUCGACAUUCACACGCGAACACUCAUUCAUCAGUAGCCUCUUCAAGGUUCCAUGCCUACUUUGAAGGAUCAGAGGAAACCAGCCCUUCUGCUGUGACUGGUGGAUUUGGGUUUAAAGACGGAAGAAAGGAGACUAACAAAACUCUUCAACAUCCACACCACCUUUCCCCGCAUCAUAACUUUUCUUCUCUUUCUCUAGCACAAAACCCACAGUCUACUGACAAAUUACAGACGUAUCUUCAGUCCAAUUCCAGUUCUCUCCGAUCUUCUCACAGUUCAGAUGGCUGGACAGCUCCAAACAAUAUUCAGCCUUCUUAUAAAGACAUAAAGUUUCCAGGUUCUGGCCAACAGCAAAACCAAUUAGCUGCCACUCAGCAGCAAUCACCAAAGAUAUCUCCGCAUGGAAGCUUCUGUGAGAAAAUGUGGGACCAAACAUCCGAAAAAGAGAAAGAAGGAAAAAGGGAAGAAGAAAAUAUUCAAAGACGACAGCAGCCUCCUUUGUCAGUUCUACCUCUGGCCCCACCAACAGAGACAAAGCAAUUCGAAUCAAAUCCCUCCAGAGUAGAAUCACAGAAUAUUUUAAAAUCACUUCAUGGAGUGUCUGAUAAAGGAGACAGUAGCGGUAAAAGCAUUAAUAUAAUGACUCAUGGUAAAACCAGAACAGGGAGCUCUGGAGAUACAAAUCCAUUAAUGAUGAGAAGAAGGGUUCGUUCUUUUAUUUCCCCAAUUCCUGCAAAACGCCAGCACCAGGAUGUGUGUCAGCAGCGAGGGACCCCUAGUCAGCACUCCAAUAUUGUACUCAGUUCUGCAACCAGACAUGUUACUUCUGGUCUCUCCAGUUCAAAUGCAACUCACUAUAAUCUGACCAAUCAGAAAACACAUCCCACCACACCUCCUCGAAGUGACUCUCCGAAAUCCCCAUGUUCUCUUGCUAAAACAAAAAUUCUUCCACCCAGGAAAAGCAGGGGUCUGAAACUAGAGGCAAUAGUGCAGAAAAUUACACCCACUCUUAAAAAAACUGCUAAUACUAAUAGUAAUGUUAAUAUGGAUUCCGUAUCAAAUCAUUUGUCUCUGACAGACGUUGCUUCUUAUGGCCCUGAUACCCCUGACCAUGACUCUACAGAUGGAGGAGUUUUCAUAAGAGCUGGAGCUGAGUCUGAGAAUUGCCUACCCUACCUGAGUGAAGGUCUCUCUUUAGACGACAUUAUAUCAUACAGAGGUGUUGAACAGACAGGCCCUCCACCUCCCACUGCCUACCCUUGUGACCCUCACCAGGAUCCACGCAUUCUUAAAUGUGAUAUGAUGGGGAACAUAGCCAUGGGUGUUGUCAGAGACCUGGAGCCAGAGUUAGACUUUGGAGUUGGGGCGUCAGGACAUCCUAAAGUAGAUAAUGACUGUGCUGGAGAGAAGGACAAGGAUGAUUUACAGGUGCCUCCUGAUUUCCCUCUCUUAGGACCGUUACCUCCAGCUCCACCUUUACCAUGUCCUGUACAGGGUUCACCACCUCCUUUAUCUUCUGGAUUAUCUGACAUCCAAAACUUUACAGCUACUUAUCAGCAACUGGAAACCCGACGAGGUGAACACACGGCAGCCAUGCUUUUGAGACAAAAACUUCAGGAAGGUGAGAUGGGAAUGGGUACGGAUACUUAUGCCGGAAGGGACUUCCUUGGUACCAAGUCAUCACAUCACAAUGAAAGUCUAGGGCACUGCCUCCUGGCUAAUCCGCCACAUAUCCAAAUGCCGCACCAUCAUCAGCUGUCUUCUCCGAGGAACAUUAUGACGGGCUCACAAUUUAUAGAACCUAAGCUUGAGAAUGCAGUGCCUAAAGGCUAUUUUCCAUCCGGGAAAAAAAGGGGACGACCUGUUGGUAGCGUGAAUAAGCAGAAGCGAAUUCAAUCCCAGCCUCAGAGUUUACCCGUUGCCAUUCUCCCCAGUUCACAGACAUCUACGUCUGUUCCUGCUGCCACAGCUCCUGCAGAGGCGCAGAAUUGUAACACCAUAAAUGUAAUUCCUGCAGACUCUCCGCAAACUGAGAAAGUGCCUACUACCCCCGUUUCUCCUAGUAAUACAUCCCAGAUGGGAAAUGAAGUUGUUGAGGCUGAAGAGACAAAAGUUGAGUUUAGUGUGAAGCCCUGCAAGCAGAGACAGGCAAAGAGGGAGGAAAGCCAUGGAGGGCUCAGUCAAAAGCAGAGAAGGCAAGAGGUAGACAGCAUACCGGACAAGGAGGAUAUUAAUGCUGGAAUUGGAGAAAUUAGCAGUGCGGGCAUUUUCCAUGCUUACAGUAAGUCAGCUUUUGCUCCCUACAUUCAUGUAGAGAGUAAACUGGAGAUGGGGAAUGUGUGCACUAUAGUAAACUGGGAAGAUGAAAAGAAAAAGUUAGACAGUACUGCAGAUGAUGGAGGAGGGAGAUGCACAGCAAAGGAAGGAGUAUAUGGCGCUGCUCCUCCCAGUUCAACCCUUUCUUUACUAGUCAAGAGAGAUGGGGAGAAGAGUAAAGUUAAAGAGAAGAAAAUGUUAGAAAAUGUAGAGACAGUUCUUAUUCAGUCUAGCCCGACUGGUAAGGCACUUCCUUCAUCUGGGCAUGUUCUCCCAGGACCUGCGAUGAGUGAGUCAAGCACACGUGGCCAUCUCCUUUGCUGCUUGUGCAAAAAGUGGGCUAACUACAAAGAUCUGGGUGACCUCUAUGGACCCUACUACCCUCCUGAUUAUUUAACAAAACUUUCUAAGAAUCCUCCGGUCACAAGGCAAAGUCAAGGAACAGUCAGGCUAAGCAGUCCAGAGGUAAAUUUAGGAUCCAUCACAGCUGAAUCAGCCAAACAAGAGAGCUCUGAGGUGGCAAUCAAAACCCAUACAUCCCAAAUAAGUAGCAAUUCAGCAGCGGAUCAAGCUACUGACCUUGACCUCGCCACCACUGUAACAGACACAACAUCUGUAAGAGAUGAACUGGAUGCACAGUGCGACAUGGGCGAUAUUGGGAACAAUGACAAUUUACCGAAUAUCCAGGACUUGGUGUCUGAAAAGAACACUACGGCUGUAGAGUUAAAACCAUUGGAGGAACGAAAUAAUCUUGAUCAACAGUUAACGAGUCAACAGUCACAAACAGAGGAUGCCCAGAAAAGGCCACAACACAGGAAACUAACCUCUCACCCACGUUUCAAAAGGCGACAUAAGUCAAACGAGGACUUGCGCAAAACUGCACCGACCAACAAUAAAGCCUUAUUGCCCUUCCAGCCCCCUCCACCUCUGCAACUUCUUAAGCAGGGUGACUCUGAUCUUUCAGCAGCAUUGGCCAUGCUCCCUCAGGUGCCCUUAGAUCCUGAAGAGUUGUGGGUACAUGAGGGCUGCAUAGUCUGGGCCAGUGGGGUAUUUUUGGUCAAUGGAAGGCUGUACGGGCUACAGGAGGCACUAGAUGGUGCAAGAGACAUGUGCUGCUCUUACUGCGAGAUGGUGGGUUCAACCCUUGGCUGCUACAGCAAAGGCUGCACUCUGAGAUAUCACUACCUGUGUGCCAUAGAGGCAGACUGCUCUCUGAAUGAAGACAACUUCUCACUACGGUGUCCAAAGCACAAGUUCCCUCAGAACAGUAAACCAGCUAAGGUUGUGGAUCCAGAUCAGUCGGGGAGAGGCUGAGGGCACCAAUGAUGGGGAAAUGUAAGACCAUCUAGGAUCGGUCAACUGGAAAAAGAUGAAGGGAUGAAGCGGAGACAAGGAUGGGGGAAAAGGAAGAAAAUGGGAUUUUAUUUUAGUUCUGCCGAACAAGAAAAUACAUUUUUAUAAAGGGAAAACAAAAAAAAAUAAACUUUUUAAAAUGAUUUUUCUGUCUUCAGUUUGGACAAGAAAUAAAAAGGUGGAUUAAUCAAAGAAGAUAGUGAGGGAGCGCAAAGGGACCGGACGGAAAAAAAAAUGAACCAAACCCUCGGACUGAGACUAUUAAGAUGGAAAGACAUUGCAUUGAAUAUGCCGAAAAAAAAAGAAAGUGAGGUGUUUCACCUUUCAUUCUAAUCAUUAUGGUUUUUUAAUCUUUCCUUUUUAAAUCCUAAAUGCAUAGGAAUUCAUACCGAAGGCUGGAGACAAGGACGUUGUGAGCGAAGCACGUGAAAACAGCAAGGGGGCAACUUUCUGAAGGAAAUGGGCCAGUGUAUUAAUGGACUAUUAUUAUCAUUAUUAAGUUUUGCUAUUGUCAUUGUAAUUUUCUUUGUUAUCGCCGUGAAAGCGCUUUUGAUUUGAAUCUUAUCUCAGUUUGAAAUUUCAUAGGGUACAAAAGAAAUAUCAUUUAGGUCUCGUUCACCAGACGUGUGUCACGUUGCCUCAGGCUUCAGAAAACGGAGAUUUCGCAAAGAGGUGUUUUUCCUUGGACGUGUGUAAUGCAGGAAUUCCUGUUUGGUUAUUUUUUUUUGCUUGUGGACAAGUGCCUGGUCAUCUUCUGCGGUCUCAUUUCACCGCUUUCCGCAGAGCACAGGAGCGUCCUACAUACGUGCUUAAACUUUUAUAGUUUAUUAUCUACCUGAUGGGGAAAAAAAAAGAUAUUUCCGAGCAAAACAAGUGGCAACAUUGAGGCAGAGUCAAAUGGACAAAGACGGACUGAGCAUUUACCCAUUUUACAAAGGCAUUGUUAUAAAGCUGACUUGUAAACUGAGCUGUGUUACUGUCCUCAUCAUUUUUAUUGUUUUUUUAUUUUAUUUUAUUUUAUUCUGGUGAAAACAAAGGUGUGACAAUGCAAAAGAUGAGUUUUGGAGCCUCCUGUAAAUAAAAACAUGAAUUAUAAAUGUAUUGACUAAAAUAGAAAGGCACAUGUGAUGGUCUUUGCUUUUAAACGGUGUCUCUAGCUGACUGAGAUGAUUUUCUCUUUAACUGCCCUUCACUGAUAAUUCUGUAGUGUCACAACUUCAGAGGCGAGAAUCUGUUUGAGCGCACGUCUGACUCCAUAUGUGUCAUCCUGCAAGCCAAAAAUAUGUAGCUGGUGUAAUUGAUGUCUUGGAAUUGCACGCAGUGUAUGAGUGUGCGUGCUGCAGUGGAUCAUGGUGCCAUCACUGGUGUUGCUCUGUCACCGUGACCCUCUGCUGGAUCAGUGGUUAUGGGAGGUGGUUGGUUAAUCUUCCUGUUCUCUGAGUGAGACCCUAUAGGCACCAUGUAUCUUCCACUUCCUUGUACAUUCUAUAAUUUGAGGAAGUGUUUUCGAAACCACACUGAUAAACCCGAUGCUAAAUGUGUCCAGAGCAAAGCAAGGUUUAUUUCAGCCGGCAGGCAUUUCAAUGAAGACACAUUUCGUUAGCAUUAUGUGACAGAGUCGGAUUUGCUCAUCCUAUAGAGUGGGAUCUUUGAUGGCCAGAUAAUCGACAUGUUGUUGUAAGCUCGCUUCGUCAGCAUGGACCAAAGACUCGCUGUGUUGGUGUGUGGACUGAUGUGCUUUGGAAUAGAGGCUCAAGAUGUGCCAACAAUUGUGCCUCAUUUUGCCCCAAUUACAGUGGCUUUACGGGGGAACAUCUUGAGGUUUAAUUUCACCGUAUUUCUCCCGAAGAACCAAAGUCUGGAAUGCAUUCGAUGCAAUCACACUAAGAGCGCUAAGAAGAUAGAUGUGAAGAAACUCCUCAUCAAUGCAGACAAUUUCAUUGACACUGUGCUCUUAAACGUCACCAGCAGUUCCGAUUCGGGAGAAUACUUCUGCUUUUACAAAUCCACAAAAGUGUAUUGGGUCGUUCUGGUGAGAGAUGAAGGGUAUCUGGAACCAGCUCCAGAUAAUUCCGUGUUCUUUUGCGUUGGAAGUCUCACUGCAGGACUUUUUAUCUUCAGCGUCAUUGGUUCGACAGUCCUCUGUAAGAAUUACAGGUGUUGUCCAAAGGAUUCUGGGAAUAGUGAAGAGGGAGUGCAAGGAAACAGAAAAGUAAAGGAUGAACGUAUUGAGGACUCUGCAAAUGAUGGAUCCGUAUAUAUGGGUCUCCAACACGGCGCAUCCUCAAUUUACGACGUCCUGGAUUCAGCCUCCCUGGCUAAGGAGACGAAAAAGAAGAAGGUGGAGCAGAGGGCAACCAAAGAGACAUGCAAGAUGCAGAAAACACAAAAGGAGGAAGAUAUCAUUGAAUCUGUCUAUGAAAAUUAUUAAGUCUGUGUUUCCUUUUGCUGUUCCCUCUCUGCUCUGCUCCCUUCCGUGUGAUUGGUAUUCCUAAAUCUCCGCUGCUCAUUCGCUCUUUUCGCCUCAAUAAAUAUUUUAAAUAA